GCCGCCUUAUGAUGGAGGUUUCUGUCCCACAGCGCGUAAAAAGGCUCUGUGGGUGAUAAAAGCUCAGGCGCACUUAGCGCUUAACCGUGGCCGCGCAAGAAAUUGAGCGCACCUCUCCGGACCCGGAGCGCACGGCGGAGAGGCGAUCAUCUGCUCUCUGAAUCCUCACUCAUUCGCCAAGUAGCUCUCUUGGACUGGACAGUCAAGCUUUUACACAUUUCUUCUUUCUUUAUUAAAAGCUGCCAACAUGCGCGUAAAUGCGCCUUUGCUUCUCCAGAUGGGUUGACCGAGUUAACAGCAGCGAGACCGGAUCGUACCAUCCAGCGUGCAAACUUCGGGCAGGUCCAAACUUCGCGGCUCAGCCCGGUAUGAUCGUUAGCAACGUGAGCCUGAGCUGUGCGCACUGUCCCGGGGUAGGAGCCGGCGGCACGGCGGCGACGGACGCGUUCGAGGAGGUGUCCGGUUCUCUCCCUCCUGCGUCGCUGAGCCCGAGGGGGCACCUGGUGGUAGCGGUGUGCCUCGGCUUCAUCGGCACCUUCGGGUUCCUCAGUAACUUCCUGGUGCUCGCUCUGUUCUGCCGGUACAGGGCUCUGCGCACGCCCAUCAACCUCUUGCUGGUGAGCAUAUCUGCGAGCGACCUGCUGGUCAGCGUGCUGGGCACCCCGUUCAGCUUCGCGGCCAGCACCCAGGGGCGGUGGCUGAUCGGACGUGCUGGGUGCGUUUGGUACGGGUUCGUUAACUCAUGUUUAGGCAUUGUCUCCCUAAUUUCCCUGGCCGUUCUGUCAUACGAGCGUUACUGCACCAUGAUGGUGCCCACUAUAGCCGAUGGCAGAGACUACCGCCCGGCGCUGGGAGGGAUCUGCUUCUCCUGGCUCUACUCUGUGGCCUGGACUGUACCUCCGCUGCUGGGCUGGAGCAGAUACGGGCCCGAGGGUCCAGGCACCACCUGCUCAGUGGACUGGAGGACCCAGACGCCAAACAAUAUCUCCUACAUUGUCUGCCUGUUCGCCUUCUGCCUGGUCUUGCCGUUUGGCGUUAUCCUCUACUCCUACGGCAAGCUGCUGCACGCCAUCAGACAGGUCCGCAGUGUGAGUACAGUUGUGACCCGCCGCAGAGAUCAGCGAGUGCUGGUCAUGAUUGUCACAAUGGUGGUGUGCUACCUGGUCUGCUGGCUGCCUUAUGGAGUGGCAGCUCUGCUCGCCACCUUCGGCCCCCGUGACCUUUUGACCCCGGAGGCGAGCAUCACACCGUCGCUGCUGGCCAAGUUCUCCACCGUCAUCAACCCUUUUAUCUACAUAUUCAUGAACAAACAGUUCUACAGGUGUUUCAGGGCGUUCUUUAGCUGCUCCACCCCUGAGCGAGGCUCCACCUUAAAGACAUUUUCGCGACCGACCAAGACGCUCCGCACCGUCCGCCAGGAGAAGGAACACCACUUGUCUGCUCGCGCGCCCUCCUCAGCCCUGCCCACGCCCAGCUCCAUCCACCAGUCCUCGCAGGGAGCCAAUCACGUGGCUCCAUCGCCAUCGAAUCGAGAUUCUGCUGCUUCCCAGAUACCUGCUGCUAACAGCCCCAAACCCAAACUGAUCCUGGUGGCUCACUACAGGGAAUAAAAACAGAGAAACAACAACAGGAGCUGAACGUUUACAGAAAAGAGAAGGAGCGACAAGCAGGGCGCAGGUCUCCAAUUAGGAAACAAAUCCUCUUAAUAGUAGAAGAAGAGCGAGGGCAAAGUCAGCUCAGUGGGAGUCUUAAACAGAAGCUGGGACGUUUUAAUCCCAGAACAGGUUAUCAUUGCUCUGUGAAGUCGGCAUACAGGGAUACACACAAAAUGUCAGUCUCACCCUGUUUACCAGAGGCACUGUAUACAAAGCAGGAGACUAAGCACAGUGCUUCAUGUUUCAUGUUGUUACAGACUUCUUUACAGACCAGAUUACAGGCGAAAAAACCCCACAUAAAUAGGUCGAGGUGUCUUUGUCACGUAACUAAAUAAUGUUCUUUCUUCAUCUGAGAAAUUAUUCAGGAACAUUUUUGGGAAAGCACAGUGUUCUUUGGUGGAGAUUUCAUAAACUGUUUGGUUGUGUUGGUUUUGUUUUUGGUAAACAGGGCAAUGAGGUAUUUUGUCAGCUCAAGUGUGUAGCUUCCGUUAGCAGGAUUAUUCUUUUUUCGAUGAUAAUUCAGUUGAAGAAGGGGGUAUGCAUUUUUUCCUGACCCCAUUUCCAUGCCUGAUAUUUGAGGAUUUGAUACAGAGUAUUAAAGAUCUGUUGAACAAUUUAAUGCAAUUUAGAACUGCGAAGGUUUCUAUUAUGCCUUUAUUUACACUUUGCUGCAUAUAGGCCCUCUGUCAUCUAUGCUGGGACUGUAAUGAAAGCCAUUAAAGGGACAUUUCACCAUGUUAUGAGGGAUGUGUAAAGAGAUUUUGAGUUGUCUUGAUGUUUCUGCUGUUUCUUUGUUUAGUGGAAAUGUGGUUUUGUGUUGUCUCUUAAUGUAUUUUCCUUUGCUUAUGUAACAUAAAUGAAAUCAAGUCACAAACAGA